GCGAGGAAGAGGGAGCAGGCUGAGUGUGUGUGCAUCGAGUGUCGUGACCCUAUAGGYCGUGAGAUUGUAGCCAUGGUGCGGAGCAGCGGACUGUACGGCUACAGGCCUAGGUACCUCCACUUUAUCUGGAGGUGGGAGCGAAUGACUGAGGAAGGGCCUACCGUAACCGCGAUCCUGGAUUACAGCCGCUGUAAUCAGGAGGCGAGGAUAAGAACCAACGUCGAGGGGGGUAAAGAGGAUGAAAUGAGGGCAGAUCAAGGUUUGCAGAUGGCGAUUACGAAGGCUAAAGACCGAGCGGAGAGGAGGUGUAGAAGAGACGGCGUAACAAACGAGAUAAAAGUGAAAAUAGUGUACCACGAGCAGGAGUCGUCCACGGAUACAGCAGAGCGGGAACAACAACAUUUGGACCGCGAUACGGAGGCAGAAAGCGAGGCAAGCAAUUUAGAGGCCACGACCCCAUCUUGGCAUGGUCUAGGCCAAUGGCGACGGGAUGACCCGCCUGCCGAGCCUGUGGAAAGUGGCCCUGAGGCCAACUUGAGACAGAGAAGAAACCGGGGCCACUAGACGCAAAGARAGAGGUCAGCGCGAGUCGAAAGAGG